GCCACCCGCGAGGCUGUCACGGGUGUGAACCCGGAAGCGAUUCCCUCGCCCCGGUAGCGGCGGGAUGGAAAGCGAAGGCCUGGGACUAUCUGGAAACCCCUAGCUCGGGAGAGGGUGAGGCGUUUAUGGUGUUGAGGCGCGAAGAGAGGGCAGGACAAUAAACGGCCCGUGGGCUAGAGGUUCUCCAAGCCCCAGACCUCCGAGCUCUGGAGGCGCGGGGUCGGGAGCGCGGCCGGACACAUCCGGCAACUUCGCGGGCGACCCGGGCAAGGUUUUCCUGUCACAGGAAGUUGGGCCGGCCGCUGGGAGAGGGAAGAGAAGGAGGAAUGAGACUGCGGGACGGUCCCCCGCCCCCAGGUGGCUGUCCCACCCCGUGAGGCGAAUGUAGCGGCCUGGGAGGUGCUCGGCCGCCCGCACGGGUGAGACGUGGAGCUGCACGAUCCAGACUCCAGCGAGAAAGCAGAGGCGGGAGGCUGGACGAUCUCCGCAUCUGUUCUCUCCAGCAAUGGGGAAUCCAGAAAACAUAGAAGAUGCAUAUGUUGCUGUUAUUCGUCCAAAGAAUACGGCCAGUCUAAAUUCCCGGGAGUACAAAGCUAAGUCAUAUGAAAUUUUAUUGCAUGAAGUUCCCAUUGAAGGGCAGAAAAAAAAGAGAAAGAAAGUUUUGUUGGAAACUAAACUUCAAGGGAACAGUGAAAUAACACAAGGCAUAUUGGAUUAUGUAGUAGAAACCACCAAACCAAUUUCUCCUGCAAACCAGGGUAUCAGAGGAAAACGAGUAGUACUACUGAAGAAAUUUCCUUUGGAUGGGGAGAAGAUGGGCAGAGAAGCAGCAUUAUUUAUUGUUCCAUCAGUUGUCAAAGAUAAUACUAAAUAUACGUAUACUCCAGGAUGCCCAAUUUUUUACUGCUUACAAGAUAUUAUGCGAGUCUGUAGUGAAUCCAGCACUCACUUUGCUACUCUUACAGCAAGGAUGUUAAUAGCCUUGGAUAAGUGGUUAGAUGAACGUCAUGCACAAUCUCACUUUAUUCCAGCUUUAUUCCGACCAUCUCCUCUUGAGCGGAUAAAAACUAAUGUCAUAAAUCCUGCAUAUGCUACUGAAUCAGGUCAGACAGAAAACUCACUACAUAUGGGCUAUAGUGCACUAGAAAUAAAGAGUAAAAUGUUAGCCCUAGAGAAAGCAGAUACCUGUAUUUACAACCCUUUAUUUGGAUCAGAUCUUCAGUAUACAAACAGGUAUGCAUGCUGGCUUGGAAAGGUUGAGGCCACUCGCAUAUUGUUAGAAAAAGGAAAGUGCAAUCCAAACCUUUUAAAUGGACAUCUUAGUUCUCCUCUUCAUUUUGCUGCUGGUGGGGGACAUGCUGAAAUAGUACAGAUUCUCUUAAACCAUCCAGAAAUUGACAGACACAUAACAGACCAACAAGGAAAAUCCCCUUUAAAUAUUUGUGAAGAAAACAAACAAAAUAAUUGGGAAGAAACUGCAAAAUUGUUGAAGGAAGCCAUUAACAAACCAUAUGAAAAAGUUCGAAUAUACAGAAUGGAUGGAUCAUACCGUUCUGUUGAACUGAAGCAUGGAAAUAAUACCACAGUGCAGCAAAUAAUGGAAGGAAUGCGUCUCUCUCAAGAAACACAGCAAUAUUUCACUAUUUGGAUCUGUUCCGAAAACCUCAGCCUUCAACUCAAACCAUAUCAUAAACCCUUGCAACAUGUUCGGGACUGGCCAGAAAUACUGGCUGAAUUGACUAAUUUGGAUCCCCAAAGGGAAACACCACAGCUUUUCCUAAGAAGAGAUGUGAGACUUCCUUUGGAAGUUGAAAAAAAGAUUGAAGACCCACUAGCUAUUCUUAUUCUCUUUGACGAAGCCAGAUAUAACUUAUUGAAAGGCUUUUAUACAGCUCCUGAUGCCAAACUGAUAACAUUAGCAAGUCUGUUGUUGCAAAUAGUUUAUGGAAAUUAUGAGAGUAAGAAGCACAAGCAAGGUUUCCUAAAUGAAGAAAAUUUAAAAUCCAUUGUACCUAUUACCAAAUUGAAAAGUAAGGCACCUCACUGGACAAACCGAAUACUUCAUGAAUACAAGAAUCUUAGUACAAGCGAGGGUAUCAGUAAAGAAAUGCAUCACCUUCAGCACAUGUUCUUACAGAAUUGUUGGGAAAUUCCUACAUAUGGAGCAGCUUUUUUCACAGGACAGAUAUUUACAAAGGCAAGCCCCAGCAAUCAUAAAGUCAUCCCUGUGUAUGUAGGAGUGAAUAUAAAAGGACUUCAUCUUCUCAACAUGGAAACUAAGGCUUUACUCAUCAGUCUUAAGUAUGGCUGUUUUAUGUGGCAAUUGGGAGAUGCUGGUACAUGUUUUCAGAUCCAUAGUAUGGAAAAUAAAAUGAGCUUUAUAGUACAUACAAAACAGGCUGGCCUCGUGGUGAAACUGUUAAUGAAGCUAAAUGGACAGUUGAUGCCUACCGAAAGAAAUUCUUGAGAGGAAAGCAACUGAUACUUAAGCCACCACAUUUUGUGAUACAGACUUUUUUCCAUGAAAGAUUUCUUAAACUAUUAUUUUUAAUAAGGCACUAAGUCUCUUGUAAUAUAUAUGUAUACUGUUAUGUUGUACAGAAUCUGUACUUAUGUUUGGUGUGUAAUAUACCAAUUACUUUUAUAUAAUAUCCUCAUAAACUAUUCUAAUUUUUUCAGAGAAACGCACAAAAGAGUAGAGGUUGAUAGCCUGGAUAAUGUUAGACAAAAUAGUAAGCUUUAUAAAAAGUUAUUUUUGGUAAAUGGUAAAGAAUUUAGAAGAAAUGUGAUGAAAUUAAAAUACAUAUAGCUUUGCUAUAACUUUGUGUGUCAUUUCAAAACGUACUUUAAUGUCAACAUGAUUUUAAUAAAGAAAUGUAUUUUCUACUUAA